UACUUUCUAAUGUGUUCACAUCGUGUUGUUCGUCGAGAAACGUGCUUAUAUUUUUUUGACGUUCUACACAAUCCUUUGAAAAAAAUGGAUCCACCCAAACCACCAACUACCUUUCCUAACAGCUCAUAUCCUUUGUUCGUCAUUUGGAUACAUGGCCGAGAUGAUAGUCUCCGUGGAUGCGUUGGUACUUUCACUGCUCUGAAUAUUCAUCAUGGUCUACGAGAAUAUGCCAUAACGAGUGCCCUCAAGGAUAGUCGGUUUUCUCCUAUAACUGAAGAAGAGUUUCCUCACUUAACAAGCUCUGCAUUGCGCCAAUCAAUCCGUCUUACGCGGUAUCGCAGCGAGAAGCUCAGUGUUCCGGCCAGCGACUACUUACGAGCACGCCAGAAUGGCUACGUGGUAUAA